CCGGUGAGAUUCCCUGGCUCCAAGGGCUGAGAGCUGCGACCGCCCACGCCGAAGCUGACAGCCUGUUGUGCCGUGUCUAAUGAAUGCACCUUGGCCGUGUAUAUCACGUCGACUGAAAGAAAUGGUUCUUUGAUGGACUUUGUAGGUGGGUUCUGAGACAGAGCCGAUGGUGAAGCUCUAACGUUUCUGCAGACCCAGUUCUGAGGCUCCAGCCAUCCCGUGUCUCACUGAGUUCAUCUGCCCAAUGGCCAUCCCCAAGUGCCCUCUGAGCCCAGUACCCUGGGAACAGGACAGCUUCCUUCAGGUGAAGGUGAAAGAGGAGGAAGAAGCCAGCCUCUCCCAGAGCCAGGGAUCCAGCCCUAGCUCUACUGCCCAUCCUGAGGCUGCACGCCUCCGCUUCCGGCACUUCCGCUAUGAGGAGGCAUCCAGCCCCCAUCAGGCGCUGGCACAACUUCGAGAGUUAUGUUGCCAGUGGCUGAGGCCAGAGUCGUCCUCCAAAGAACAGAUGCUGGAGUUGCUGGUGCUGGAGCAGUUCCUGGGUGCGCUGCCCCCUGAGAUCCGGGCCUGGGUGGGGGCUCAGUGCCCAAGGAGUGGAAAGGAGGCUGCUGUUCUGGUGGAGGGUCUGACUCAACUGCUGGGCAAGAGAGGAUGGGAGCCAGGAGUGGAACAUGAAGAGGCAAGUUGCAAACAGAGCAGUGCAGAUGAGUUGCAACCACCAGACAUGGCCACUGAAACCCUAGUAAGAGGUGUUUCCCCAAAACCCCUCUUUGCCCACACUUGUAAGCCUGAGAGCCAGUCAGAGCUAGGAGCACUCUGGAUGAAGUCUGCUGCCCAAGAGGUGGAUUUCAGAAAAGACCUGGAGCCUCACAUGGAUGCCCCCCAAGACCAGCCUGGCCAUGAGUCUGAUGCCUCAGGAAACAGUUCCAACAUGUGGCCCAACUUCCCUUCCGAAGACAAGUCUCCUUCAGAGGAGAAAUCCGGCCCAUUGUAUGGUUAUGGGACAGUACCUCCAGAUACAUACUUAGGAAAGAAGCCCUCCAAGUACGGAGAAUGUGUGAGGACAUUCCAGAGUACUUCCGCCCUGGAGGCCCACCAGAAGAGCCACUCUCAGAAGAUGCCCUAUGCCUGUAUUGAGUGUGGGAAGGCCUUCAGCCGGAGCACCCACCUUGCCCAACACCAGGUUGUCCACACAGGAGCAAAGCCUCAUGUAUGUAAAGAGUGUGGGAAAGCCUUCAGGCGAGUCACCCACCUGACACAGCACCAGAGGAUUCAUACUGGGGAGAAGCCCUAUAAGUGUGAGGAGUGUGGCAAAACCUUCAGCCGCAGCACCCACCUCACCCAACAUCAGCGGGUACACACGGGGGAGCGGCCCUAUGAGUGUGAUGUGUGCGGCAAGGCCUUCAGCCAGAGCACCCACCUGACGCAGCACCAGCGCAUCCACACUGGGGAGAAGCCCUACAGGUGUGAUGUGUGUGGGAGAGCCUUCAGUGACUGUUCAGCUCUGGUCCGGCACCUCAGAAUCCACUCUGGAGAGAAGCCCUAUCAGUGUAAGGAUUGCCCAAAGGCCUUCGCACAAAGCUCAUCCCUCAUUGAGCACCAGCGUACUCACACGGGAGAGAAGCCUUAUAAAUGCAGUGACUGUGGGAAAGCUUUCAGCCGCAGCUCAGCUCUCAUGGUACACCUCAAGAUCCAUAUCACUGUGCUUCAGUGACUGGAAGCACCAUAGCAUAGCCUCCCUCAGAGGCUUGACAUCUAAGAAACCCUGAAUUCCACAGGAGCCAGGAUCCCCACUGGUUGAUAACUGUGUCACCCAGUGUCUGAGGACAGACUGGGGCCAUCUGGGAGCACCUCUACAUUUGAGAGCCCAGGUGAAGUCCCCUAAUGAACACAGAGAUUCAGACCAAUUGAGGAAGCUUCUAGAAGCUUCCUAUUGCCCUUUCUAUCCCACUCAGGCUGGUCCCAGAGAAAAGACACCUGAGCUACAUGGGUUCUUGGAACCAGAGCAAGUAAAGCUCGUGUCUGUCUGGGCUCAGGUGACCCAAGAUCCUCUGGGUAGGAAGACUCAAGCUUCAUGUUCUUACAUGGCUACUGUUCUUGCCAGUUCCUGUACUGUUCAGCUUGGAAAGGACAUCUUCCAGGCCCACUCUGUGCCUUCCUGCCUGCUUCCCCACCACAUUAAUGUAUGCCUAACUCCAAGACAGACACAAGAGGCUGCCUGUCCCGUGAAGCCCUCUCCAUGCCAUCCUGAUUGUGUUUUCCCUGUUUUCAUCCACAGCAGUACUUGACACUUGCCCAAUGUCUGUCUUUUCCUCCCACAUCUUCCUUUCGCAUCUCCUAGACUCCAGCCCUGUGGAUUCACCUCAGGUUCAUCUCUCAUCCAGCCCCUCCUCCAGCAUCACUGUCUGUGAGCUCUGAUUGCCUCCCACUGGAUUUUUAUCAGGGUCCUUUCUCAGCCCUUCGUGCCUUCAUUCCAUCCCCACCCACUUUCUUCCUGCUGCAAGCUGCUACCCAAAUCAUGUUGUGUCAUUCCAUGGCAGGAAGUUGUCCAGUGAGUCACCUUUUCAGCAAGCCUUGUUGAGUGAGGUACAAAUAUGCCAGGAUAUGUGUCACUUUGGCCCAAGGAAUUGCUCUGAUUAUCCUCACAUGCGUAUAUGAAUGUUUGUCUUUGUCACACAGUGAUGUAAAAAUGGUUUCAAAGUGCUCGGCUGCCUGUUGGGCAAACUGCACUCCUUGCCCUUUGUCUGUGUUUGCUCCGAACCUGGCCUCCUCUUGCCUCUUCCAUUCCUGUAGCCUCACCUCCCACAUGCCAGCCAUACUUUCUCCCACCUGUGUGCCUCUCUACCUGUCCCCGGAGCCCUCAUGCCCUCUGUCCUCUGUGAUAAUCUCAGAUGUCCUUGAGAAGCUUCCCAGCCAUUCUGAACUGACUUCGUCUUGCGUGACACUCUCUUGCUGCUGUGUGCCCCAUUCAUAACUGUCUCAAGCCUCUGACCACGCCAUUGUACUUGCACUUCUUACAGAAUGCACAGGCCAGCACUCCCAAGGACACAGAACAGCUCAUGCUGUGGACACAGUGCACAAGAUGCUC